AGUCACCAUGGAUACUCUCUACACUUAUAGAUUACUACCACCCACGUAUACCAACACGAAGGACCCUGAAUACAGUUAUAGACUAGUGAAGCUCGAACUUGUAGACUGCUGGCAAACUCCAGACCUGAACAUCAUCAUCAAACAAGAAGAGGAGGAGGAAGAGGAUAGCUUUCUACAUGUUAAAGAAGAGGAGGAGGAAGAGAAUAUCUCUGUACAUGUUAAAGAGGAGGAGGAGGAAGAGGAUAUCUCUGUACAAGUUAAAGAAGAAGAUCAUGCUUUCAUGGUCAAAGUAGAGGAGGAGGAGAAGGACAAAGCUCUUGUAGUUGAAGAAGAAGAAGAAGAAGAAGAGGAGGAGGGUGGUUUUGCAGUCAAAGAAGAAGAAGAGGAAGAAGCUAUAGGAGUUUUUAUUUUUUCUGACGGAAACUGCAACCAGUGGCCUGUCAGUGGGAAGAGUCCCUCCGUAUCAGAAGAACCUCAACAACAACCAAAACAAAAACACACUCGACCAAAGAAACAGCAAAAACAGACCCAGGAACGCCACCACUCCCCUCUGUACUGCCCCGACUGUGGGGUGACCUUUGUCAGCCCUGGGAUACUGAACGCGCACCGCAGAAUCCACCAGCCCAGAAUAAUCCACACCACCACCACUACCACUACCGGUGAGCCGUCUCACUACUGCCACGACUGCGGCAAGACCUUCGACACCGCCCGCUACCUCAACAAGCACCGCUUGGUUCACACAGCAGAGAGGACGCACCACUGCUCUCAGUGUGACCGGAGCUUCCUGAGACUCCAGCAUCUCAAAGAACACCAGAGAACCCACAGCGGAGAGAAGCCUCACUACUGCUCCGUGUGUGGGAAGGGCUUCACCAAGGUCCGACUGCUCCGGACACACCAACGGCUGCACGCCGUGGAGGGGGCUGACGUCGUCGGGGACGGGACGGGGAGGAAGGAGGGUAGUGGGGUGGUGAUGUCAGCGAUGGGGCGGAAGAGAGCUCUGAGAGUUCUGGCCGGAGUGGACUACUACUACUGCUCUGAGUGUGGGAAGAGCUUCUCCAGUGCGGCCUAUCUUAAGGUGCAUCAGAAGGCUCACACAGGAGACAAACCAUAUCAGUGUGCUCACUGUAAGAAGUCAUUCGGCACGUCAUGGGGUUUAAAGGUUCACCGGCAGAAUCGCUCUGGAGAGAAGCCCCACCAGUGCGCCGACUGUGGGAAGAGGUUCUCGGACCUGCGCAGCCACAAAGCCCACCAGAGCACCCACACUGGAGAGAAGCCAUACACAUGCCCUGUCUGUGGAAAAGGCUUUGCCUGGCAAAAGAGCCUACAGAAACACCAGGCCACACACAGCAGCAGUGGUGGUGGAAUCAUAGAAGUAUAUAUAGAAUAAUGUAUGAUAUCCUGGAGGGUUUCACUCCAACCUCAAUCUAGCAGGUUAUUUACAACUACGGGACAGGAGGGUAGCUCUCCAGGAACAGGGUUGGGUUAUAGGAGGGUAGCUCUCCAGGAAUAGGGUUGGGUUAUAGGAGGGUAGCUCUCCAGGAAUAGGGUUGGGUUAUAGGAGGGUAGCUCUCCAGGAAUAGGGUUGGGUUAUAGGAGGGUAGCUCUCCAGGAAUAGGGUUGGGUUAUAGGAGGGUAGCUCUCCAGGAAUAGGGUUGGGUUAUAGGAGGGUAGCUCUCCAGGAAUAGGGUUGGGUUAUAGGAGGGUAGCUCUCCAGGAAUAGGGUUGGGUUACAGGAGGGUAGCUCUCCAGGAAUAGGGUUGGGUUACAGGAGGGUAGCUCUCCAGGAACAGGGUUGGGUUAUAGGAGGGUAGCUCUCCAGGAACAGAGUUGGGUUACAGGAGGGUGGCGCCCUAGGAACAGGGUUGGGUUAUAGGAGGGUAGCUCUCCAGGAAUAGGGUUGGGUUAUAGGAGGGUAGCGCUCCAGGAACAGGGUUGGGUUAUAGGAGGGUAGCUCUCCAGGAACAGAGUUGGGUUACAGGAGGGUAGCUCUCCAGGAACAGGGUUGGGUUAUAGGAGGGUAGCUCUCCAGGAACAGAUUUGGGUUUAUAGCAGGGUAGCGCUCCAGGAACAGGGUUGGGUUAUAGGAGGGUAGCUCUCCAGGAACAGGGUUGGGUUAUAGGAGGGUAGCUCUCCAGGAACAGGGUUGGGUUAUAGGAGGGUAGCUCUCCAGGAACAGAGUUGGGUUACAGGAGGGUGGCGCUCCAGGAACAGGGUUGGGUUAUAGGAGGGUAGCUCUUCAGGAACAGGGUUGGGUUAUAGGAGGGUAGCUCUCCAGGAACAGGGUUGGGUUAUAGGAGGAUAGCUCUCCAGGUUAAUCAAGUCACAUCACCUGGAUUUUAACUUUUAUUUUAAGCCUUUCCAGAAAUGAGAAUUAGAUUCAAAAUGUACAUUUACAUUUAAGUCAUUUAGCAGACGCUCUUAUCCAGAAAAUGAAAGCAAUGGUCUCAGUGUGGUGCCGGAGGACGGGGCUGGACCAGCUGACAUAAAAAGAUGGGGCUGGACCAGCUGACAUUAAAAGAUGGGGCAGGACCAGCUGACAUUAAAAAGAUGGGGCUGGACCAGCUGACAUUAAAAGAUGGGGCUGGACCAGCUGACAUUAAAAGAUGGGGCUGGACCAGCUGACAUAAAAAGAUGGGGCUGGACCAGCUGACAUAAAAAGAUGGGGCUGGACCAGCUGACAUAAAAAGAUGGGGCUGGACCAGCUGACAUAAAAAGAUGGGGCAGGACCAGCUGACAUAAAAAGAUGGGGCUGGACCAGCUGACAUAAAAAAGAUGGGACUGGACCAGCUGACAUUAAAAGAUGGGGCUGGACCAGCUGACAUUAAAAGAUGGGGCUGGACCAGCUGACAUAAAAAGAUGGGGCUGGACCAGCUGACAUAAAAAGAUGGGGCUGGACCAGCUGACAUAAAAAGAUGGGGCUGGACCAGCUGACAUAAAAAGAUGGGGCAGGACCAGCUGACAUAAAAAGAUGGGGCUGGACCAGCUGACAUUAAAAAGAUGGGGCUGACCAGCUGACAUAAAAAAGAUGGGGCAGGACCAGCUGACAUUAAAAAGAUGGGGCUGACCAGCUGACAUAAAAAAGAUGGGUCUGGACCAGCUGACAUUAAAAGAUGGGGCUGGACCAGCUGACAUGAAAAGAUGGGGCUGGACCAGCUGACAUUAAAAGAUGGGGCUGGACCAGCUGACAUUAAAAGAUGGGGCUGGACCAGCUGACAUUAAAAGAUGGGGCUGGACCAGCUGACAUUAAAAGAUGGGGCUGGACCAGCUGACAUAAGAAGAUGGGGCUGGACCAGCUGACAUUAAAAGAUGGGGCUGGACCAGCUGACAUAAAAAGAUGGGGCUGGACCAGCUGACAUAAGAAGAUGGGGCUGGACCAGCUGACAUAAAAAGACGGGGCUGGACCAGCUGACAUUAAAAGACGGGGCUGGACCAGCUGACAUAAAAAGAUGGGGCUGGACCAGCUGACAUUAAAAGAUGGGGCUGGACCAGCUGACAUUAAAAGAUGGGGCUGGACCAGCUGACAUUAAAAGAUGGGGCUGGACCAGCUGACAUAAAAAGAUGGGGCUGGACCAGCUGACAUUAAAAGAUGGGGCUGGACCAGCUGACAUAAAAAGAUGGGGCUGGACCAGCUGACAUUAAAAGAUGGGGCUGGACCAGCUGACAUUAAAAGAUGGGGCUGGACCAGCUGACAUUAAAAGAUGGGGCUGGACCAGCUGACAUUAAAAGAUGGGGCUGGACCAGCUGACAUUAAAAGAUGGGGCUGGACCAGCUGACAUUAAAAGAUGGGGCUGGACCAGCUGACAUUAAAAGAUGGGGCUGGACCAGCUGACAUUAAAAGAUGGGGCUGGACCAGCUGACAUAAAAAGAUGGGGCAGGACCAGCUGACAUUAAAAGAUGGGGCUGGACCAGCUGACAUUAAAAGAUGGGGCUGGACCAGCUGUCAUUAAAAGAUGGGGCUGGACCAGCUGACAUUAAAAGAUGGGGCUGGACCAGCUGACAUAAGAAGAUGGGGCUGGACCAGCUGACAUUAAAAGAUGGGGCUGGACCAGCUGACAUUAAAAGACGGGGCUGGACCAGCUGACAUAAAAAGAUGGGGCUGGACCAGCUGACAUUAAAAGAUGGGGCUGGACCAGCUGACAUUAAAAGAUGGGGCUGGACCAGCUGACAUAAAAAGAUGGGGCUGGACCAGCUGACAUUAAAAGAUGGGGCUGGACCAGCUGACAUAAAAAGAUGGGGCUGGACCAGCUGACAUUAAAAGAUGGGGCUGGACCAGCUGACAUUAAAAGAUGGGGCUGGACCAGCUGACAUAAAAAGAUGGGGCUGGACCAGCUGACAUUAAAAGAUGGGGCUGGACCAGCUGACAUUAAAAGAUGGGGCUGGACCAGCUGACAUUAAAAGAUGGGGCUGGACCAGCUGACAUUAAAAGAUGGGGCUGGACCAGCUGACAUUAAAAGAUGGGGCUGGACCAGCUGACAUUAAAAGAUGGGGCUGGACCAGCUGACAUAAAAAGAUGGGGCAGGACCAGCUGACAUAAAAAGAAAAGGGGACAGUUUGAUUAAAAGCUUUAAAUAAAAGUUAAAAUCCAGGUCAAAACACAGGGCCCUAAUUAUAGAAACACCGGAUGGUAAUGCUCUGUCUUGGAUGAGGGAAUGCUGAUGUGUCAGGACUGUUUUAAUUAACACAACGGAUGGUAAUCCUCUCUCUUGGAUGAGGUAAUGCUGUUGUGUCAGAAGGACUGUUUUAAUUACAUCAAAAUGUCACAUGAGUAUGUGACUUGUAAUUUAUAUAUUUUAGAUGUUUAUAUUCAUACACAAAUGUAGUUUGUAAGCCUAGUUUUUGUUCUCUCAACGUGUUCUUUGGAUGGAUUGUGCAACAGGUGAUGGCUAUCUUUUCUUUCCCCGACAGCAAAAUGUGCUCACUAUAACAUGAAGUGUUUGGAGUAAUGUUUGGAUCUGAAAUGAAUGGAUGAUGAAAAUAGACAUGGUCAGUUGUUGCACUCUG